GUUGGUUGUCAUCAAGGAAAGAAUUUGUCAACGACAUUGGCAGAAGGAAAUACGUGUCCGAAUCUACUAUCAUCUGGUUGUAUAUAAUAAUUCAUAUAAAAGGAUUGACUAAAUUAAUUCAAACUAACACUCGGCCAUUACAGGGUCUGCGAUUUGGAUGAUAUUAAGACUCACAUAGGCGAAACAACUACGCCAUUUGUUUCUAAUCUGAAUUUUCCUUGAGGUAACGUUAGUCGGAGAAGAACGGCCCAGUCACAGGAACUCUGAUUGUUGUGCCCUCUGAUAGCGAAAACCACAGCUUUCUCGUUUUUAUAGCGAGAAGAUAUUGUGAACGGAAUGGCUUGUGGGGCUACUUUGAAAAGGACUAUGGAUUUCGAUCCAUUGAUUAACCAGGCGUCCCCCAAAAGGAGGAGAUGCGCCCCAAUGUCUCCAGCCGCGUACACCUCAUCACCCCAGAAAUAUCUGCGUAUGGAGCCCUCGCCAUUUGGAGAAGUGUCAUCCAGACUCACAACCGAGCAAAUCCUGCACAAUAUCAAACAAGAGUACAAACGGAUGCAUAAGCGAAGGCAACUGGAGAACAGCAUUCAGCAGACAGAGGUCUGUUGUCCCCUGGAGUCACAAUCGCAUAGCUCCAUCCUUAGUGGAUCCAGUCUGCCAGGUACUAUCUCCCCAUCUAGAAAAGAGCAGCCUCUGUUUACCUUGAGACAGGUUGGGAUGAUAUGUGAACGACUGCUUAAAGAACGAGAGGAGAAGAUAAGGGAAGAGUAUGAUGAGAUAUUGACAACAAAACUAGCAGAGCAAUAUGAUGCUUUCGUUAAGUUCACUCACGAUCAGCUAAUGCGGCGAUUUGGAGAGCAACCUGCUAGCUAUGUUUCCUGAGUGAAACCCGAUGUUUGAUGGAAUACCAGUUUCCCCAUUUUAUUAAUCGCUGAAAACUCCUCAGCUGAUUCUCUGCCAACGGUAUUCUCCAGGGACUCAGUGGGUCUAGUUGAACUCGUAGCAGUGCCAUAUCUCCCCUGUGGGCACAGGCUGCCUCAAACUUCUGUCAGUGGCAACUACGUUCUCUUCGUCUGGAAUUUGGUAUGUGUCCCAAAUGGCACCCAAUUUCCUAUAUAGUGCACUACUAUUGAUUAGUGCCCAUAUGGCUUGUCAAAAUUAGUGCACUAUAUAGAGGGAAUAGGGUGCCAUUUUGGAUGAAGCAUUGGCCUGCCCCCUGGCAACGCAUAUCUGGACCUCUGCUACCUAUUACUCUACCAGUGGCCUGUUUUCAUUGCUGUAUUGAUAUUUAUUCAGGGUUUUUUCUGAUGCCUUUUUUGUUAGUGACCUGCCAUUCCCAACUCUGCUAGGCUUGUCGCAGAUGUUUGUGCUCUUGCCAACUAGAUUGCUGUCCUUGUCAAGCCCAGACAAUGAAUAAUAAGUUGGCAUUAUAGCCCAAACAGACUGGCACAGGCUAUGACUCUUCUGCCAGUUUUUGUUCCAUAAAUGUGUUUGUUGCAAAGAUCCCACAUUUUUUAGCAAAUCAACAUGCAUCUUUGCAGGGGUGGUGGUCACUACAAAAUAGUGGAUAAACUAAAGAAGCUUCUGGCCUAGACUCCAGAAGAGGACAUCCUGGCCUUUUAUCAGUUGUGGUUAGAUUGUACUGGUGAAUGACGAUGUACAUUAUGUAGUUUUGCUUGACUUUUGUUCGCUAUGUAGAUUAAUGGACUUGGGUUGGGAAAAGCUAAAUAAUAAAAGCUAUACAUUAAAGGGUGUUCUGAUUUGA